AUGGCCGAGGGGGCGGGGAUCGGGGAGAGAAGCAGCUACCAAAAGGGACGGGAGAAGGAAGGAGAUGGAACACGGCUGCGGAGGAGGGAGGAGGGAGGAGGAAGGAGAGAGGAAGCAAGAGGCAGGGGAGAGGAGUGGGGGGCGACUGGGGGCGGUGGUUCCUGUAGCGCCGGCUCACUUGGUACGCGCCUGCCCCGCCCCUGCCCCGCCCCCGUCCCCAGCCUCUGCACCGAGCCUCUGCAGCAGGCAGGAAGUCCUAAGCCGCCUGGCCUCGGGAGCUGGGCGAGGGGCGGGUGCCUUGAGUGUAGAAAGCCAGGAACACCCAGCGGGAGCUCUCCAGAACGUACACCAUCCUCCUCAGGUUCAAGGUUGGUGGUACAGCGGAUAGAGUGCUGAGCCUGGACUCAGGAAGACCUGAGC